AUGCCGCCGUCACUCUUCAACAAUCUCGCCUACUCGCUCUCCGAGACCGAGCUGCACCUCGUCACCCAGCGGCAGCGCUUCGCCGAGCUGCAAGCGCGAUACGAUGCUCUGACGACCAUCAGCUGUUCUUCCUCAUCAGCAGCCUCAUUUGUGCCAGAUGGGGCUAAUGUGACCGAAUGUCGCGUCUCGAGUGAAGCGAAAGCCGCGAUGGGCGAGCCAGACACAGCCUUAUCAACCAUGACGGUCUUUGCUCGCCAUGCUCAGCUGAUAGACCUGGGUUCCACACUGUCCGAGAACAUCAAAGCUGGCAAGAAGCGAAUACGCGACGAACAGGAACUUCUGGCGCGGCACGAACACGCGCUGAGCCGUGUAAUGCUGGCGCAGGAGCGCUUGGAGACGCACAUCAGCAGGAAUGCGGCUGAAGUGCGGAUGCUGGAGAAACAGAUGGAGGAUCUGCAAGACGAGAUUGUUGGCGCGGACGGGGAUGUGCAGGGAUUUAGGGUGCUUGCGCGGAAGAUUUUGAGAAGGGCAGGGACGUAUGCGUCGUCGAGUAGUGGUGGAAGGGCGAAUAUCGCCAGAGGGGAAUGUAGGACUGGUGGGGCGGCAGCACCAGGCAACACGAUCACGGGUGAGGCUAUCGAGAAUCUGCGGUCGAGCAGUGACCAUUCGGAAGCUCGGGCUCGAAGGAGAGAUCUCAGAGGACGUUUUUCGAGGCGGUCGUCGAGCGUGACUACGGUCGCAACUCACCUAACCAUCAACUCGACUGAUUCCGGCCGAUCGACGACGCCGAGCUCGCCUGACCUGGUCACAGUCCAGAUGUUGAGGGAGACUCGGCGUCCAUUGCGGGUCGUGAAGAACUUCGAGUUGAUUGUGCCACUGAAACGGUCCCUCACGACGGUCGAGACUUGUAAUGAUGGGAGUCGGGAUGAUGAAGGGAGGACCGGCAGACGACCAAACCAAAGAGCGGACGAGGGCAUCAGCGCCGGGGUGAAGAGGUCGAGGUUUUUCAGACGGUGUGUCGCGAGAGAAAGCAUUGAGCUGGACUGA